AUGGUUGGAGAUGGAUCUAGUCUUCUACUUUUAUUGCAAAUUCUUCACUCAUCUCCCAGUUGUCGUGAAGGGACUCUCCAUGUUCUAUAUGCAUUGGAAACCACACCAGAACUAGCCUGGGCAGCUGCUAAGCACGACGGGGUUGUCUACAUUCUUGAAUUGCUAUUGCCUUUGAUGGAAGAAAUUCAUCACCAACAAAGAGCUAUGGCGGUCUCCUUGUUAGGGAAAAUUCUCAAGAUACACGAGCAUGUUUUAUAUGUGGACAUCGAUAUCCACCGUGGUGAUGGUGUCGAGGAGGCCUUUUACGCUACAGAUAGGGUUAUGACUGUUUCGUUUCAUAAGUGUGGGGACUACUUUCCGACAACAAGAGAUGUCUGUGAUAUUGGAUAUGGUGCUUGUAAAUAUUACUCUCUCAAUGUUCCCUUGGAUGACGAAAUUGACGAUGAGACCUAUCAUUCGUUGUUUAAGCCCAUAAUGGGAAAGGUUAUGAAGAUUUUUAAACCAGGUGUUGUGGUAUUGCAAUGUGGUGCUGACUCUUUAUCUGGAGACAAGUUAGGUUGUUUCAAUCUUUCAAUCAAAGUCCAUGCAGAGUGUGUCAAAUAUAUGAGAUCCUUUAAUGUCCCUCUUAUGUUGCUCGGUGGGAGUGAAUGGUUUACUGCUCGAGUCUCUGCAUAUGGCUUAUUCCAUAUUGCAAAUAAUGAGGUUGAAGUUUGCAUAGCAGUUGUUGGGAAAGUGACCAAGUUUUGUAGGAUUUUAAGUCCCGUAGAGACAGCUUUGGAUGCAGCGGAAUCACCUUACAUGAGAAAAUUGAUUUUUCAAAUUCUGAAGUUUAUGUUGCAAAUGAUCAGUGACAAUUUUUCAUUCAAGCAAUGGGAUCCAGGAACAAAAUCUCUAUUCUCAUAUUAA